AUGUCUCAAAUGAGAAGCUUCUUACGUGGUGCUCCUUCUACUCCUACAGUCAACUCCUCCGCGUCAAAUUGCCGUCCAUAUCACGCUGCUGCUUCUCGGCGUAGAGAUCCAUCUGAAUCGCCAUCUCAAUUGCCUCCGGUAACACCCACGCCAUUGGGUAUAUCCUCACAAGCUUCUGAGUCGUAUCCUGACGACAACGAGAGCUCCUUUGAGGUUGAUUUCCACCGCGUUUACAAGGCUGGUACACGCCUCGAGCCGCAGAGAUUGUCGUACGCAGUAACCCACAAGAGUCAACUUGCUGGCAAGCGUAAGCAAAGGCACUACUGGUUGUGCCAGCGCUGCCACAACGAGCACAACAAGGACUCUGUUAAAGCUGUUGACGGCUACAAGCAUAUUGUCAACCACAUGGCGAAGUAUCACCGGAUUGACAUCAAUACAGGCCUCCUGCCUGAGGUUGUGCUGGAGCCACCAAGAUGGAGCUCUCCCUUUGACGCUGCAAAGGUUGCUAAUUUAAAUCGACUGGUAUCACAUACGCCGUGGCAAGAAGAGCAGCUGCAAGCUGCCCUCAUCAACUGGGUAAUACUGAAGGAUAUCAGCUUUGCGGUUGCAACCUCACCCGAGUUACGAGGUUUACUUACCUGGAAUCGCAGUGAUUGUAACGACGCAGGCCAGUAG